AUGCACUUCCUCUCCAUCCUCGGUCUCGCGGCCGUGGCCGUCGGCCAGCUCACCUCGUCUUCCCUCGAGAAGCACGUCGACUCCGUCACGCUCAGCAAGUCCUUCAACCCCAUCAAGGAGGCGUACUGGACCGGCUACCCCCACCACCGCCGCACCCCCUUCGCCGUCUCCCCCGAUGGAAAGUCGGCCUACCUCGCCUACCUCGACUCCUCCGAGACCGGUGUCCACGUCCAGCCCAUCGACCCGACCACCUUCGCCGCCACCGGCGACCUGGUGACCAUCUCCGGCGGAAAGGAGGCCGGCGGUCUCGUUGCCCACAACGAUGGUUUCGCCAUCCUCACCAACGAGGCGCUUUCCGGCGUCACUGACCCCGUUGCCGUCCUCUACCGCUACACCAACGGCAAGGAGACCUUCAAGACCUACCUCGGCGGCCCCGAUGUCGACCAGGGCCAGGCUAUGAUGUCCCCCGACAUGAACGGUGACCUCGUCUUCUCCGAGAAGGCCGGCUACUACGCUGCUUACAUCGUCGUCACCGCCUACCAGGGUGAUGCCACCGGCCACUUUGGCGAUGCCAUCCGCUACAUCGACACCACCGGCAAGCUCACCAACAUCGCCGGUGCUUCUUCCUCCUGGGGCUGCUCCCACAACACCGGUAUCGCCUUCGAGGCCGCCGACGAGGCCCCCUUCGCGUCUCUCUGCGCUGAGGACCAGGGUGCUAUCUGGCUCAACACCAAGACCCAGGGCAUGACCAGCGACGGUGUCAAGGUUUCCAACGAGCACGUCAUCAACGGCGGCGCCAACGAGGCCAUGGGAGGCAUGUCUGGCUCCUACAGUGUCCUGGCCCGCUUCAUCGGCGCUGACUCCUACAUCUUCUCCUGGGUUUCCCGCGGUGCCAAGGACCUGACCGCCAACGAGUGGAUGGGCAGCGGCUACACCACCUCCAAGAACCGCACCAACAACCGCAACGUCGCCAUCGCCCUCUUCUCCGACAAGAACACCCUCGUCGGCGACCAGGCCACCUCCGAGGUCGGUGCCGCUGACGGUGACAAGCAGGUCAACUGGAUGACCUCCGGCACCAACGACUGCUCCAACGCCCACGCCGCCGCCUUCGACAGCUCCAAGGCCCUCGUCACCUGGGAGGAGAUCUCCAACCCCAUCUGCGACUUCGACGCCAUGGGCUGCAAGGGUACCUUCGCCGGCACCAAGUUCCAGAUGGUCGGCAGCGACGGUAAGAAGGUUGGCGAGGCCGUCUCCGCUGACGACACAUACGUCGCCGGUGACAUGGUCACCAUGUCCGACGGCCGCAUCUGCUGGCCCUACGUCUCCAUGGACUGGAAGCUCGACGGCCCCGUCACUGGCUCUCCCGUCUCCAAGAUGUCCUUCGCCUGCAUGAGCGGUGGCUCUGGCUCCGGCGGCAGCGCUUCUGCUGCCCCUGCUUCCUCCGCGGCCGCUUCCACCGCUGCCCCCGUUGCCUCUUCCGCCCCCGCCGUCUCCUCCACCGAGGCCGUCGACGCCGUUGCCACCUCCGCCGGCUCCGCUGACCCCACCUUCGCCUCCGGCGCCGCCCCCGAGCCCAUCUUCUCCACCAUCUCCGGCUCCGCCCUCCCCAGCUCCAGCGCCCCCGCCGCCUCUGCCCCGGCCGUUCCCUCCUCCGAGCCCGCCGCUUCCGUCCCCGCUGAGACCCAGGCUGCCGCCUCCUCUUCCUUCUCCGCGCCCGCCGGCGCCCCCGAGCCUUCCUUCGUGACCGUCUCGGCUGACCCUGUUGCCUCCUCUGCUCCCGCCGGCACCGGCCUGCCUGUCGAGACCAUCCCCGACGCGCCCGCCACCUCCGCCGCCUCUGCCGACCCCGUCGCCACCCAGGCCCCGUCCUCUGCCGGUGCCUCCAAGACCAGGACCCGCAAGCACCGCACCAAGUCCCGCAAGGGCCCCAAGCCCACCGGCGGUGCUGGCAAGCCUAGCGGCGCCGGAUGCGUCAACCGCACCACCAUCCACACCGUCUAUGUCACCAGACGUUAA